UAGUAGUAAAUAUAGUUGAAAUUAAAAGCUGUAAAUUUUUAUUAUGUAAUAUUAGAAACACAAGGAACUUUCUCGGCAGGGGACAUCACUCAUAUCAAUCACCCGGAUGUUCCCUUUCAGCCGAGCGGCCAUUGACGCGAGGACGCUCCUCUGACUUCAGUAUGAAGUUCAAUAAGAUGGUAACCUCCUCACGGAGGAAGAACCGCAAGAGGCAUUUCAACGCCCCCUCCCACAUCAGACGCAAGAUCAUGAGCUCCGCUCUUUCAAAGGAACUGCGUCAAAAAUACAAUGUUAGAAGUAUGCCCAUUAGGAAGGACGAUGAAGUGCAGGUUGUCCGAGGCCAUUAUAAAGGCCAGCAGGUCGGGAAAGUUGUCCAGGUGUACAGAAAGAAAUAUGUUAUCUACAUUGAGAGGAUACAGAGAGAAAAGGCCAAUGGUGCCACUGUACAUGUUGGCAUCCAUCCUUCAAAGGUGGUGCUGGUCAAACUGAAGAUGGACAAGGAUAGGAAACGCAUUCUGGAGCGCAAGGCUCGCUCUCGGCAACAAGCUAUGGCCGACAAAGGCAAGCACACAGAAGAAACCAUCAUGGAGUCUUAAAAAUAAAUGCCUGAUGUGUA